AUGGAGGAACACAUGCGUCCGCUAGCUGAAUCAGUGCAGCUAGCAUCGUCAUCGUCGGUUUCAGGACGACGUCAAACGGGUCAGCCGGAGGAAAACAAUUACGGCGUUCGGCGUUUGUUCGGUAAGUUCAAAAUGAGGUAUAAUGAACGGGCGACUGAAGCGUACACCGUUAGCCGUUGCUCGUUUUCAACUCUCGUUUCGAUUUCCAAUUUCCUGCCUCGGAUUCGACCAUCGUCGAACCGUUUCCGUCUGCUCGCAAUGCUCGACAUUCACCUCGCUGGACUUCUGAGACCGGAUAUUCGGCCACAAAGGAAAUUGUACCUCUCCGGCGAGGCUCAGUGA